CGGCAACAGCCCCACCCGCUAAUAUAAACCGCUCACUGACCGUAGUUACACAGACAGUCACAGAAAGUCUGCCAGACGAGCAAGCAACCGGCAGCUCAAACCAAGUCCGGAGUUUGAGUUGAGUUUUACGAGAGUGACGGAACUGUGUGUGAAUUAGUCCGCAAACAAGAUGAGGUGUUCGAGAGUGAUGAUAACGGCGAUGGCGACACUCUGCGUCGCGGUGGUGCAUGCACUUCCGGUUCAGCAGCCGGAAAGUCUGGUGCCAGCAGGACAGGAUCUCGACAGAUUGAUGGUUGUCGAGGCCGACAACCAAGCUGCGCUGAGGAGUAAAAGAACAAUCGGAUUGCUGAGACAGCUGUUUCCCGAAUUGUCACAGAUAGUCGAACAAAAGGUGAACAUGAUUACCGGCGAACUGAUUCGUGUUGUUGGUCCCAUUUUGCUCCGUAAUGCAUUACGAACCGGGGGUGGCAACGGAGCGGAACAAGGGCGGUCAAGUGCCGGAACCACCGUAGAAGUGGAAUCUCCUUUUGGUGACGAUGAUGAGGAAAGCACCGUAUCUGACAGUGCCAAUGAAGUAGUUUCGGAGAGUCGUGAUGGCUCCCGAGUCUCCUUAACUCUGCCUACAUUUCCUCCUGAUCAGGAGGGCGACGAUAAUACGGAUUCCUCCAACUCACCAUUAACUGAUACUGAAACGGCGCAAACGCAGUCGCCAGUACCUACAUUGCAAGGAUUACCUCAAUUCUUCUACACUCGUAAAUCUCCUCCACAUCGUAGUCUCUCUCGUCAUAUUUGGUUCAUAUUAAUAACUCAUCACCAUCCAAAUACCGUGCAAACGUUAUUGACCACCAGCACGAUUAUCGUUUACGAGUUUAUUGUGUUGAAGAUAAUACAAAAAGAGAAUCGAGUUCUUACUAAAUCACAUGGUAUUACUCGAAAUGACUUCACGUUUCUUCUGAUCCGGAAGAACCAAGCGCCCCGUUUAUGCCUGACACCCACCAACGGCACAUUCUUUAAGUCCCUGGUAUCCUCGAGAGCUGAGAAAAUCGAGCUUACCUUGCGAAUGAAUUUGAUCUUUGCCGUUCGACCAUUUGUCUUACACGACGACGACGAUUGGUAUAAGAGAAGAUAUGUUAUACAAAAAGCAUUGCGUGUCUUAAAUGUUUGUACGUACCAAUGUCGUCGAUACGAUGUGAACCCGGAAGCUGAAAAUCAAAUUGUCGCUGAAUCACAGAACAACGAAGUGCGAGUACAGUUUGCCGACGAUCAAGCUGGGGCUGCUGCCAACGAGGCUGUGGCACCAGAACUUGCGCCAUUGGAUGACGUGGAGGUGGCAGACGAGAACCGAAACAAAAGGUUCCUGAACUUUAACACAGGGGACGGUGGUAGCGGAGGCGGCUCUGGCAACUUCCUCUUCGACAUCAUCCGGCAAACUGCGGAUUCGGCGGCUCGCGCGGCUGGUACCGUGUACCGUGUCGUUGCAGGUACCCAAAGCCUUGGGCUUGGUCUUAGCGCGUCACGAGACAUCGCCCCGAUACCCGCUGCCCCGGCACCCAUGGGUAUGGGUAUGGGCAUGGGUAUGGGUAUGGGGAUGCCUGCCCCGCCAAGUCCUUCAGCCCCAGGACCCGCUUCUUCGGCAGCGCCAGCCGGCAAUCCAACCGCCGGUCCCGGGCUGGUGGCUGGUAGCGGAAGCACGGAACAGGGUGACGCCGCAGCCAAUGCCCCGGUCGAUCCGGCCAGAGCCGCUGCCGGGGCCCAAGAAGCAGUGCCGGGCCCCAUCACCAGACUCUUCGUCAUCGCCAACCGAGGCAUCUCCAACCUCGUCCAAGACCUCAUUCUCCGUUUGGCAGCGACCAGCGAACGAAUUGUUAACUUCAAAGCGCGACUCAUCACUUCCAUCAUCUAGGACGUAUCGAAGAGCAGCGCGUCAUCAGCUGGACCAAAAAUGGUGAUCAUCUGAUUUCGGCUGCCGAGUUCACUACUACGAGCCGUGGGACCGACCUGGCAACAAAGCUGUUUUAAUAAUUAAGAAUGUUAAGAGAGAUUUAUACUGAAACACUAUACAGCGAAUAGUUGCCUCUUGUCCCCGCGGAUCACUUCGACGAUAAAAAAAAAUACUCUUCGACCCUCAAUUGGCACUUCCAAGACUUCUAAAUUAUAUGAAACGAAAAUUAUUAUUAUUAUUAUACUUUUUUUUAAAUGUUUUUCUUUUUUAUCCAUUAUAUCUUGAUCAAUUUUUUAAUUUUAUUUUAUUUUGUGUAAAACGACCGGACAAUCACGAAAUAUACGUGAGAAGAUAGGAGAAACUAUUGUUACGUCCGUAAGAAA